UCAAAAAAGUCUUUUGAUAAUUUAUUAAAGUGCUUAACCCCAAAUCUCUUCUAUUUACACGCACAUACUCGAGAAGUGUAGUAUUUCAAUCCUCCUUGGACUCUGAAGAUUUGCUUACAAUUUAAGUUUGUCGGUUUUAUCUGAAUCCCUACUUUAGAACAAAAAUUAGAAAAUAUUUUCCUUCUAUUUGAUAGACCCGAUUUCGACCCGAUUUAAGAGGGAGGAGAAAACACAAGUGUUGUAUUAUCAAGGUUGGGCGAAAGGACAUCAGACAGUAGAGAAGGAAGAUGAGUUCUCCAGUACCCAGAAGAGAGAGUCCAUGGGGUUUGCCAGAAGGUGAUAACAGAGAACCUAAGGCUCAUAGAUGCAACGACCGUGUUGAGGAUGUUGUUCAGGCAUGUUUUGAAGGCAAUCCAUUUAAAACGAUACCGGGGCCUUUCAAGCUAUUCUGGCGGUGCAUGCGUUCUAAGCCUGGGGAAGAGCCUACUGAGCCAUUCUACUACUUGCAAUUGGAACCUCCCAAGAGAGAAGUGCACCUUGAGUAGAGCUUCGUUUUUGUUAAUUUCUAAACCUGUAAUGAGGUUGUUUAUGAAUCUUGUCACUCUAGGUUGUGUUACUUGGCGACAACAAUCUGCACUUCAGAUGGUUGUUCAUGGCACAAAUUUCCCUUAAUGAAGACUGGAAGUUCAUGUUAUUUUAUUUCCUGUUUCUGAAUAAGCACGAAUAUCUAAUAUGAAAUGAUGUUGAUAUAGAUAGAAUUUCGAGAUACUAUACUGCUCUGUUCAUUUCGAAGUAAUGGUACAAUUGCGCAAGUGUUGGCCACAAAUGUGGUAAAGUAGAAUUGUGAUUUUGUGC